CAGUGUCCGCAGUCAUUCAGUCAUUCAUUGCGCCUCCACUCGACCAGCACGCCGCUUUUCCUCCGUGCCAGUUUGGAAGAUGUUUGCGUGCAGAGCAGCCUGGCAGAGGUGUGGGCCCCUGGCACGACAAUCCCUGAGCCGGGCACCCCUCGGCAGAGAUGUCACUCCACGGAGGCUCAUGUCAUCGGUUCCCGGCGGCUCCGGUGAGAACAUCGUCUAUGUGGUCCUUUGCGGUGGAGCAUUCGUUGGUGCUGUAACAUAUGCAUAUAGGACGGUUACGGCAGACCAGCAACGUUACAUUGACCGUGUUUCUGAAAUUAGUGCUCGUCCCAGGUCUGAGUGGAAGCCCAAACCAUGGCCACCCAAGAGUGAAGGGAACGGCGAUGAAGAAUCGACUGUCGAGGAAGCCGAGGUGGAGAGCGCAGUCGAGGCAGAUAAUUCUGCUGAAGUUCUGCUGGAAACGGAGGAGAAAUCUGGAGCUCUGGAGAGCGUAGUGGAGGAAGUGGCAGAGACGGUGGCAGAGACUGCAGAGCUGGUGGCUGAAGUGGCAGGAGUUGUAGAGGAGACGGCGCAGGAAGUGGCAGCGGUCGCACAGGAAGUACAGAAGGUUGCAGAAGAAGUCGAAGCAGCAGCAGAGGCCAUCGUGACUCCGGUCAUUCAGGAAGAAGAGCCGGCGGCAGAGAGCAAUGUGGUCACACCAGUCUCGCUUAGCCCAGAAACAGCCGAUCUGGCUGCUGCCUCCGUGAUUGAGCUCAUUCCAGUGGAGCCGCUAUCUGUGGAAGACGUCCCGGUUAAAUCUCUACCAGAGAAGGUGCUUAAUUUGGAAAGUGAACCAAUAACAGAGGAAGCACCAAUUUCUCCAGUAUCAGAUUCUGUUGGAAUAGAAGAGGCUUUGUUGUCUAUUACUCCAGUCAUAGAAGAACCAGAAGCUGUAGAGGAACCAGUUGUUGCCAUACUGGCAGAAGAGACUCCAUUAGUAGAGACACCAAUCGGUUCACCAGAAACAGCUGGAUUUCUCGCUCCAGUUUCUGAAAGUCCUCCAUCAGAGGAAACAUCAGUUGAUUCAUCAUUAGUUUCUCCAGUAAUUGAAGAACCACCAGUUUCCCCAGUUGUCGAUGAACCACAUGUUGUUGCUCCAAUAGUUGAGGAGGCAUCCAUUGCUCCAAUCACUAAAGAAGCGCCAGUUUCUACAGUUAUCGAGGAACCAGUUGUGGCAUUAGUUGUAGAAGAGUCUGAGCAGAUACCAGUAGUCACUCCAGUGAUUGAAGAACCACCCGUUGUGGAGGAACCACAUGUUGCUGUAAUGGUUGAAGAAUUGCCCAUUGCUACAUCGACCGAAGAAGCACCGGUUUCUCCAGUUAUUGAGGAACCAGUUGCCAUAUUAGUUGUCGAAGAGCCUGAAGAGACACCAGUUGAUUCACCAGUAGUUGCUCCGGUAAUUGAAGAACCUUCAGUUUCUCCAGUUAUUGAGGAACCACAUGUUGAUGUAACGGCUGAAGAAUUAUCAAUUGCUUCUCUGUCCGAAGAAGCACCAGUGUCUCCGAUUGUUUCCUUAGUUGUAGAAGAUGCAACACCCGUUGAUCUGCCGGUGUCUUCAGAAACAUCUGAUCUACCAGUAUUAGAAGUGGACGCAUUGACAGACGAUGCACUGUUGGCCUCUAUUCCAGAAGAGGAGCCAGUUUUAUUGGUAUCUGAAGAAGCUGCUGUUACUGCGACUGAAGAAACACCUGUUGUUGUACCAGAGGAAACACCUGCUGCCGCUGAAGAGGUUGCUCCAGUAGUUGAGAUCAUUGCAGAAGCACAAGAAAGUGAGGAUGUUAAUGUAACCGUAAGUACAGAGGGGAUUCAAGAAAGUGCAGUUGUGGAAGUUGCUCCAGUUGCUGUGGAAGAACCCAAGCGAGACUUCAUAGUGGUCGUCCUGGAAGGAGCUCCUAAAUCCGAAAAGAAACCCAUGGUGCUCGGCGUGUCCCCUGUGAUGGGCAGGAUCAUCCCAGCUCCUGAUGAUGAUGAUGAGGAGCCAUCGGGUCAGGUAACAGAGAAAGCGCCGGUUGCUUAAAGUGCAGAUGUAUUAGCACCAACUGAAAAGCAGUCAGAUGUUGAUCUGGGAUAGUAAAGUGGUUCCCUGAUACAGAAUUAGUGAUGUGCCUUUCCCCUUCCCUGAUGCCUGCGUCCACACUGACGUCUCCUUCACCUACAGCUCUCUCUGUGACUCUCCACUGAAAAAUGGUUACUACACCUGAACCUUCACUUUACUCGUAUGUGAGGCAUACAGGUUUACUCACAAUAAUGAUAAAAUGCAUGCAAAGCUGUGAAAGAGCCUUUUUUAAAUGGAACUCCACUCAUUUGAGUCAAAUGCACAAUAUGAGCCUAUACUACAGCAGUGUUUCCCAACCCUGUUCCUGGAGGCACACCAACGGUACAUAGUUUGGAUGUCUCCCUCAUCUGAACCUUUACCUUCAGGUUUUGGAGCAUCGUCUAACGUGCUGAUGUUUUGAUUCAGGUGUGUUUUGAAUAGGAAGAGGUUGAAAAUGUAUACUGUUGGUUUGCCUUUAGGAACAGGGUUGGGAAACACUGCAUUAUAGUUUACCCUACCUCAAAUCUCACUUUAUAGGACAUGACUUGAUAUUAAAAUUAAUGGUUACAAUACCAGCAGAUUAUGCCACAAACACUGCCAUACCUGCACGCUGGCCACCAGAUUUCAGGUUUCUCCUUUAAAAACGAUGCUAUCGGCAUUAUUUAUUAACUAACGCUAUUUAAUUUCUACCUCUCUCUACCUCAGCUUGAACAGUGUUGUUUUUCCUUUUUACACAUUUCCAGUGUUAGCAACCCGCUGCCAUUCAUAAUGUCAUGACUAGGUCAAAAUGAAGAUUUAUCAAAAUAAUCGGUAACACUUUACUUGAUUAUAAAGGUCUUAUGAACACCCCUUCAGGACAUGACAAGUCAUGAAAGUGAAUGAGCUUUCAUGCAUGCUUAUGACAACUGUUAUUAAGUGUAAUUUGCUCAGUAAUGUAAUAUUGAAUGCAAAGAUGGCAUUGAUUAGGAGAACUUGACAUAACACAUACAUCACAAUCUUUGAUAACUUGACAUUAACAAGACAACAAAACUUGUCAUAAAUCUGUCAUAAACAUGAUUGUGAUGAGGCAUUAUAAUUGUGUCAUUUUUCUGAUCACAUUUUCAGGUGGAGCUAGCUGUAUUUGUCAUUAAAAUGUCUCAUUUAAAGUGUCACUACUCUGUCAAAUCAUUUUUAAUUGUGCCAUUAAUUAAUACUUAAUAACAUUUUAGUGACAAAUUCAGCUUGUACCACUGUAAUUGAGGUAAAAUAAUAUUAAUGACGCUGUUAUAAUAUUCAUAACAUUUUAUUACAUACAUUUAUAAUGACUUAUUGACAAUUAUGUUUAUGACAGAUUUAUGACAGGUUUUGUUAACCCUUGUGCACUGUUCAGAUUUAUUACCCUUUUAUUGUGCUGGGGAUGAAAACAUCCACUGAAUUAAACUGCUGUAAAAAUGCAUCAGAUUAAUAUUUUUUUCGAAAUAUUUUGCUUAAAUCUUUUAUCAACCUCAGUCCUAUCAAAACUACUGAAUGUUUUUAGAAAUUACAGGAUUUUAACUCUUUGAUUGCCAAAUUCACUAAUGUUGUCACUGAUUUGGUGAAAAAAACAAACAAAACGACGUAUUUUCAAUAUAAAAAGUAAUUGUGCACAGAAUUUUUCAUCUUUUAUCACAGUCUUGGACAUUACCAGUCACCAUAAGUAACAAUGUUGGCUUUAAUGCAUUGUUAGAUUUUCAUUUUGUUCUCCUUAAUUUACUGUCAGUGGCUGUUUUUGCUCCAUUGACUUCCAUUAUAACCACAUUUGAUGGUGCAUAAAUACCAGGCCCGGAUUGGCUAAUCGGGUGGACCGGGACAAUUCCCGGUGGGCUGGUCCGUUUUUUGGCAGUGAGGGCCAGUGUCUCUAGCUGCUUGCACUCUCAGCAGUCGCACUUUUUUUCAUUUAUUUAUUUAUUUGAUCAUAGCCUCACUCUUUUUAUUCAUUAUUUUGCCGCAGCUCCGCUCUUUUUAUUUAUUUUCUCGUAGCCCCGUUAGAAAAUGCAGCCCGCACAUUAAUGGUGAUGUAUCUCAUUCCACCCCAAACAGCGGCACCUUUGUGAAUAUUAAUUAAUAUUAAAGAAUAUUACACCUGCUCAAUGAAAAUCAGAUGAUUCACUACAUUAAUAAAUCUAACAAAACUUGAUCAGAAAUCUUAAAAGGGGAGAAAAAGAGUUGGGUGAAAAAAAACAUCAAUAGCAGCAGAUAACAGUGCAAUACUUAUUCUUUAUCUUUUUUAACUUAACAACGCCAUCGUGGUCUAGUGGUUAGCACGUUGUGUUACGACGUCAAGAUCCGAGAUCGAACCUCACCAGAGUAAAAUAUUAAAUAUAUAUAUUUUUUUAUUUUAGUGAAAAGAUAUAUAGUAAUGUUUGGGUUACUUAUGUAGGGGUACAUGUUUUAUUUUUUUUGUGUGACGACUGUUACAAAGGACUGGAUAUCUAUAAAGAAUUAAUGUUCUCAUAUUUAUGAAAAGCAUUUAAGUUCUAAAGCAGCUGUGUCCUUUAAAAAGACGUUAUAGUGUCAGUAGAAACUGAAUUGGAAAUGACGUUAUUUUAGUCAGUUGUAAACUGAGGUGGGCCGGUCUAAGGCUUGAAACUCCAGAGCUGAAAAGGAGUCCCACUCCUGCCCUGAUAAAGAGUCUUUGUUUUUGUUUACUCCAUGUAGUUCUGAGAGCUGAGAUGUAUAUUUUGAUUUUCUCUCUCACACACACACACACACAAACACACACACACACUUUAAUUUGCUUUUAUACUCCAUGUAUAAUCCAGAAAGCUUUUUUUUUUUGUAUCUAAGGGGUUAAUAGGGCCAACUAAUGAUCAACAGUGAAAUUUACAAGUUUUACCUCUUCCCAACUGGGAAAACCACCAACAAUUAAAUAUGCAUGAUUAAAUGAUGUCGUGGCUUUGCAAUCUUGUAAAAAAUGUGGUUAUAAUAAACAGCCACCAAAAGAAUAUUAAAGAGAAAAAAAGAAAAUUAUUCAAAAACAAUGCAUCAAAAUUAAUUUUGUUUUACAUGUCCAAGACUUUGAUUAAAAGGUAAAAGAAAAUCCAGCCCACAAUUACUUUUUAUAUUAUUAUUGCGUCAUUUUGUGUGUUUUUUUCUCACCAAAUCAGUGACAUCAAUUAUGAAUUUGGCAAUCAAAGAGUUAAAAUCUUGUACAUUUCUAAACAAUUUAGUAGUUUUAAACAGGACUGAGGUUGAUUAACAGAUUUAUGCCAAAAAAUAAAAAAUAAAUGAAUUUUUUCAUCCCCAGUACAACAAAACAGUAGUAAAUUUGCCCUGAGUGUAAUUGAGUCAUUGAGUUCUUUGAAAAUUUCAAAGCAUUUUCUAAAAAUAUGUGCCAAAAUAAGACUUGUCACUAAAAAUCAUCACAUUUGCUGAAACACUGAAAAAGUUAUGGCCUAAUGGAGAAUUAAAAAUCACCCCAGAGUGGAUGAAAAUAUCCCCAACAGUAGAUAAGGGGUAAUGUCAAGUCGUCAUGAAAACAACGUUUAAAAUGUCAUUACUGAGAAAAUGAAACCUAAUGACAGUUGUCAUAAGCAUGCAUAUAACCUCAUUCACAUUCAUGACGUCAUCUCAUGAUCAUAAAGGUUUCAUGACAGUCUUAUAAACACCACUUUAACUAAAGGGUACCAAAUAAGCAAUACUAUAAUAUGCCAUGUUCACAUUCCAGUAUUAAUUCUGAAGCCAGAUAUUAUCCAAGAGGAAAAGCCUUUUUGCUCAAUACUUUGCUUUUAUUUUGUGAUCAAUCAUCAUCAUCAUCAUCAAUAUAUGUGAUUAUAAAACAUUACUUCCUUUGUGUCAAAAGGAUGCUCCAUAAACCUGUUAUGCCAAAGUUACACCCUUAUUACUUUCAAUUUUAUUUUAUUAGAUGCUAGUCUGCACUCAUUCUCAAUUUAGACUGGUAGACAAGGGAAAUAAAGGUUGGAUAAAUACAAGAAAACCACCUAUAACCUCUUAAUCGUUUGUUGUUUAUUUCUUUCACACAUGUCUGAAAAGGGACCUCGAGUGUUACACGAUUACAGAUUUAUAAUGUGAAUGUGAGGGAAUAAUGUGAAGUAUGUUACAGUAUCAUUAAUGGUGUUUUCAUGGGUUCUCUUUGUUUGAGGGUUAGUUCUAUAAUACACAUUAUUGUGGUGUUUUGAGGUUUCACUUUUAAUGUAGGCCCUAAACAGGGGGGGUUUAACUGUGAAUGUAAACCAGAGGGAAAAUAAAGAAUUAAAAAGCA